AAGGUAUUGCACAGCGAUGUACAGCUAUCAAGUACCACUUUUCUCAGCCGAUACGCUUACGAAACAUUCCUUUCAAUUUGACCAAGACAAUCCAGCAAGAUGAAUGGCACCUGCUUCAUUUAAGAAGAAUCACUGCUGGCUUCCUGGGCAUGGCUGUGGCCGUCCUGCUCUGUGGCUGCAUUGUGGCCAUGGUCAGCUUCUUCUGGGAGGAAAGCCUGACCCAGCAUGUGGCCGGACUCCUCUUUCUCAUGACAGGAAUAUUUUGCACCAUUUCCCUCUGCACUUACGCCGCCAGCAUCUCCUAUGAUUUGAACCGGGUCCCGAAGCUAAUUUAUAGCCUGCCUGAUGAUGUGGAACACGGCUACAGCUGGUCUAUCUUUUGUGCCUGGUGCAGUUUAGGCUUUAUUGUGGCAGCUGGAGGUCUCUGCAUCGCUUACCCAUUUAUUAGCCGGACCAAGAUUGCACAUCUAAAGUCUAGCAGGGACUCCACGGUAUGACUGUCCAUACUCAAGUCCACUGCUUGGUGGCCCGUCCACAGUGCGGACGAACCUUGAAGGGGACGGAGACAGAGUUUGAGUCAGGAUCCCAAGCACAAAAUCGGUCUUGUACAUUCCAGCCUGUUGCCUGCCAGCCCCUUCUGGAUGACUGAUGUCAAAUCAUGCAGAACCUCCAUACCUUUCUAAGGACAAGACUACUGUGGGUUCAAGUGCUUUAAUGACUAUUUAUGCUUUGACGGCGAGGAGUAGGGAGCAGAGCCGUGGAACAUUUCUGGGUUCAGAAAAAGAGGAAACCGCAAUGGAAAAAUUUGUAUGAUUGCCAUUUAUUUCAGAAAGUUUGUACAUAACAAUUACCCGAGAGUCAUUUCUAUUUGCAAAAGGAUUCAUGACAAAGCGAGUAUAAUUUUCUUGUCAUUGUACCAUGCUUGUUAAAUUUAAUGCAGCACCUUCAGAACUUGUCCUAAUGGUGUCUUGUUGUGUCAGCACCAAACAUUUGUGCAUAAUUUAUGGAUGUUUUUUGUCACAGGGAGAUUCUUCUGUUGCCUUAUUUAUUUUUAAUUGAAGUCUCUUCUCCAUCUUUGUACUGGAAUCAAAAUCAUAAGAGAAACAGAUCAACCAUGGAAGAGCUAACCUGUAAUGCUAUGCAGUAUUGUUAGAAGUCAUAUCUGUCGUUCGACCUGUCUCUUUACGUUAACUGGAUUUCUGCAUUAAAUGACUGCCCCCUUGUUAA